AGAUGAAUGAACAAGUAUAUAAAUUGAAGGGCUGAAAAAAGCAGUCAUUCAAACACUCUAAAAAAACAGAGAUCCAAGAUGAGUUUGUCUUCAAAGAUUAAUUUGUUCAUCUGUUUGUUCAUUUUUCAUCUGUUGUUUGCUGCUAGUGUUAAGAUAGGAAUCUAUGAGUUGAAGAAAGGAGAUUUCUCAGUUAAGAUCACUGAUUAUGGUGCCACAAUCAUCUCUGUUCUUCUUCCUGAUAAGAAUGGAAAAAUAGACGAUGUUGUUCUUGGAUAUGACACCAUCAAAGAAUAUCUGAAUGAUACAAGUUAUUUUGGAGCCACCCUUGGAAGAGUAGCUAACCGGAUUGGUGGUGCUCAAUUUACUUUGAAUGGAACCCAUUAUAAGCUUGUUCCCAAUGAAGGCAAAAACAUGAUACAUGGUGGCCCUAAAGGAUUUAGCAAAGUUGUUUGGAAGGUGAGCAAGUACGUGCAAUAUGGUCCCAGUCCUUACAUAACUCUAACCUACUUCAGUGCUGAUGGCGAAGAAGGAUUUCCUGGUGCUGUUCUUGCCUCUGUUACCUUUGCAUUGAAAGAUCCUUACAAACUUAGUGUUGUAUUUAAGGCGAAAGCUCUGAACAAGGCUACUCCAAUUAACCUGUCUCACCACCCUUACUGGAACAUUGGUGGACACACCAGUGGCGAUAUCUUGUCCAACGUUAUUCAAAUCUUUGGAUCACACAUCACACUAGUUGAUAAAGAACUCAUUCCGACAGGGGAAAUUGCCCCCGUCAAGAACACACCCUAUGAUUUCCUGAAACCCCGUACAGUGAGGAGCAGGAUCAACAAACUCCAAAAUGGAUAUGACAUCAACUAUGCACUCGACAGCACUGCAAAAAUGAAACCCGUGGGGAUAGUUUAUGAUAAGAAGUCCGGAAGAGUGAUGAAUGUAAAAGCAUCUGCACCUGGUGUUCAAUUCUACACUUCAAAUUGGGAUAAAAGUAAAAAAGGGAAAGGUGGAUUUAUGUAUCCGCCUCAUGCAGCCUUGGCUUUGGAAACUCUAGUAUUUCCAGACGCUGUGAAUCAUCCUAAUUUUCCAUCGUCAAUUGUGAAUCCAGGGGAGAGAUACGUCCACUCAGUGUUGUAUACGUUCUCCAUCAAAAAAUAAUGAGAAUGCUUUCAUUUUUAUUUGUUUCAUCACCCUUGUGUCUUUUGCAUUAAUUGACAUUUUUGUCAAGG